ACGAAUGAUAAUCGUCAUCAUCAUCAUUUUUUUUUCAAGAAUUUGUUUAUUUCAAUCGAUUCAAUUUGAAUGAUAACCUGUUGCCGUCUUGUGCGUGUGCGUGUUUGUGGAUAUACAGAAAACCACAUUCCAUUGGAAUGAAAUGAAAAUUUCAUGAAUUUCAGCCAUUUUUUUUUCUUUCUUACUUUCACUUAUCGAAUUAAUCAAUCAUCAUCAUAAUUAUUACAUUCAAAUAUACGGCAAUUUUCGUUUCUCUUGAGUGGAAAAAAAAUCAAAUUUUUUUUUUGCACACAAAAUUCAAACCAGACUGUAUAAAAUCACCGAUCAUCAUUAAUCAUUCAUUUUUCUUGAUUUUUUUUUUGCAAUCAUCAUACACAUCUUUUCACACACACACACACACAUAUAAAACUUGAUACUAAUCGAUAAUCAAGUGAAAUCGAUUCAAAAUACACAUCAUCAUCAUCAUCAUUUGAAUUCAAAUUCGAAUAAAAAGUGGCUGCAAUUAUUUGCGUUAUAAAUGUAUCAAUUUAUACAAGAUAACGAUGAUGGCAAAACAAAACAAUAUUGUCCGUGAAUAUUCUAAUCAUCAUCAUCGUCGAUCAUUUAAUCAAUCUACAAUUAAAAAUCUAAUCAUCAUUAUAUUCUGUAUAGUAUUCAAUGUUAUUCUUGUUGUUGACGCAACUAAUAGAAUUAAAUUAUGUCAUCAAUCACCUAAAUUGCGUUUCUAUGAUAUUGUCACACAUUUGGAUGAACAACAACAAACGUCAUCAUCAUCAUCAUCAUCAUCAUUAUUAUUAUCAUCAUCAUCAUUGAAUACAUCAUUACCGAAUCCAAAAUAUUUUCGUUCAUUAUUUCAUAAUACAAUUGAUGAUGAUAAUGAUGAUGAUGAUGCUACUGCUGCUGAUGCUGCUGCUGCUGCUACUGAUGCUGAUGAUCAUGAUCAUGUUACAGUUAUAGCGUUAUCAAGUUUACAUGAUGAACGUGCCAAUACUGAUGCAUGGAUUAAUAAUUUAGAAAAUAUUUAUCAUAAUCUUGUUGAACAAAAAUCAUUUCGAAACAUUCGUUUAAUAUUGAUCAAUUCAAAAGAUUCAUAUAAUCCAUUAUGGGUGAAUCGUAUAAGGAAAAAAGUAUCAUUUGAAGUGUAUCAGGAAUUAUCAUCAUCACCGAUUGCUAAUCAACUUGAUGGCCAUAGUGGUGAUGUUUAUAUUUUUGAUAGAUGUAACCUGUUGGCAUAUUAUAUACGAUUUCCAUUAAGUUUUAUCGAUCGUAAAGAUCCAUUCUUUCAGGCAACAAUAUUGGCUGCACAUACGGAUUCUCCGUGUAAAGAAAAAUGUAUCCGGAAUUCUGUUUCAUCAUCAUCAACAACAAAUAUUACUGGCAAUCAAAAUGAAACUGAAACAAUUGAAACAACAACAACAACAAUGAUGAUGACAACAACCGAUGAUUCAAUGACAAACAUUACAAAUCAAACGGAUCAAGCAACUACUACUGCGACGGAAUCAAUUGAAAUGAAUGUUCUUUCACAGAUGGGUGAAAUUUUGAAAAUUUUUUACAAUCGUUAUACAAUGAAUUUUGUACCAGAAUCAUCGGAAUCCGUUAUGGACAAUAAUACAACAUCUAUUAGUAAUAUGACGACAAAAAAUGUAACAACAAAUCUUAUCGAUACAUUGAAUCGUACAAUUGAAACUUAUGGUUUACAACAAACUUUAUCAUCAUCAUCAUCAUCAUCGAUUCCAGCUAUACAGCUGGACAUUGGAAAAGAAAUAGCUAAAAAUGUAACAAAAGUUGGUAAUGGUGAAUUACGAUCACAAUUAUUGCCACCAAAUACAAGAAAUGUUUCAAAAUUAUCCAAAGUUUGUCAACAAACAAAUUGUACUGAAUGGACAACAGAACGAUUAUUAGCAGCAAGAUUAUGUUGUCUAAGCAUUACAACUGAAGAUGAUGAUGAACCAAUGGUCAAUGUAAAUGCAUCCGUUUAUAUUCCAUCUAAUGGUGGUUUCGGUUGUAAAUUAUAUCCACGUACAACAUGUUCAAUGAUUAAGCCAAUAUUACGUUGUUGUACACGUAAAUUAGUAAAUCAAUAUUUUAAUUAUGCAAUACAAUUACGUGAACGACAACGGCAACAAUUUAGACCUGGACCAGGACAACGACCUGUACGUGAUGCAGAAAUGAUUUUACUAAAGAAAUCAUUUAUAUCCACAAUGGAUGUGGAAAAACGAAAUCAUCAUAUACCACAAUAGUCACUAUAUAUUAUAAUAUAUUUAUAUCAACCAAAA